UUAUUGUUUCUCACGAACCACAAAUCAGAUCCCUGGGUUUCAGAUCUAUAAGUGCUCAAAUAGACAGAAGUGAUAGUAGUCGUCACCGCGCACAUUUCUCGCUCGUCCCCCUUUCUUACGAGUUGUUGCGCUUGUCUCUGCUCUGAGCUUCCGUUGUUAGGGCUUUUUCCUUUUUGGUUCUGUGAUUCUCUGUUUCUUUCACAUUUCGUGGCAAUGGCGGACGGUUAUUGGAGGUAUGGAGACGCAAGGCAGGCUCCUAUGCCUUCCCUCGCCGGAAAACGUUCUCGCUCUGAUUACGAUGUCCCUGGCGGUCACGAAUUUUCCAGUUAUUUUCCUCGUGAUGAUGAAAGAGGUGGACCUCGUGUUAAUAGAGAUACUGAAUCCAUUAAUGCAUCCUAUGAUCGUUAUCUGCGCCAAACGCAAAUGUCAUCUUAUGGUGGUGGGGAAUCUGGUAGACCAAUGAGUGCAGGAAUGACUGGUCAUCCUGUUGAUGAUCCACGCAUGAUGACAGUUGGGGGCAUCGAGCCAGGCAUGGCUGGAAAAGGCCGGAACAUGGGGUUCGGUGGUGGAAGACCUGAAAUGUCUCUCCCCCCGGUUGGGGGUAUUGAACCAGGUCUAGCUGGAAAAAGCCGAAACAUGGGGUUUGGUGGUGGAAGACCUGAAAUGGCUCUCCCCCCAGAUGCUUCAAACACUCUUUUCGUGGAGGGCUUGCCUGCAAACUGUACACGCAGGGAAGUUUCCCAUAUUUUUCGUCCUUUUGUGGGAUUUAGAGAAGUGAGGCUUGUCAGCAAGGAAUCGAGACAUCCUGGAGGAGAACCACUUGUCCUCUGCUUUGUUGAUUUUGCAACUCCAGCCCAAGCAGCGACUGCAUUAGAUGCCUUGCAAGGUUAUAAAUUCGACGAGCAUGACCGGGAUUCAGCCAAUUUAAGGCUACAAUUUGCUCGUUAUCCUGGUCCAAGGUCAGGUGGUGGGCCUCGUAGCAGACGUUGAGUAGUGCCGUAUUCCAGGUGACAAACGCUACCUUGAUCCGCUCGAAUCAGGGAAGUUUCGAUUGUGAGGGGCGUUACAACUGCGUUACAGGAUAACGGUUACUCAGAAGUUGUUGUAUGUGCCCUUCUCUCUAGGAACCCUUGGGUCAGGAGGUUUCCAACUGAGGGACGAUUGGUAGAGUUCUGCACAUGGUUCCGUUUGGGCUAGGUUUCCGCAAACAUACUGAUAGCUGCAUAUUAGCCUUUUUACUUGCGCUACUAUAUAUUUUUCUGAGUCUUUUUAUAGUUUGAGACGGAAUGGUAUCUCUGCUGUUUUUAUGUUAUGAGAUCAGAAUUUCAUGUCAUGAGUUAAAAUGGGGAAAAAGCUGGUUCAGCAAAAGGGGUACGAAUCAAUGUCAUGUUUGGUAUUGCUCUUUUCUA